AAACGGCCAAUCCAUAAGCCUUAUACGCAGUCAGCGAGUCGGCGCAGUCGGCGCAGUCUUCGAAAGUUCAUAGAAGUCCGUGUUUCGGUACUUUCAGGUUCACCGAUUUGAUUCGACCGGGUCCUUUUGUUCCACCUUUUUGGAGCAACCUUUCUGGGUAGGAAAGCGAUCAAAAGGCCUCCUGAAGAAGAAACCUACACGAUUGGCAUAUUCCUUUGCCCACCAGCGAAAAGAUGGGAGACUGCAGCCAUGGCCAAGUGGAGAUGGCAUCUUUCAGAGUAGCCGAAUUCUCUGACCUCAUUGACUGGAGGCCCACGCUGUUUCAGGAUCCCAUCAUUGCACAGAGAGCCUGCGUGCUGUGCGGCGUCCUCUACAAGAAGGCGAUUGGGCUGCCCUGCGUCCACACGCUUUGCACAAAAUGUCAUACCCAGUGUGUCGACAAAGGAAGCAUGUGUCCUGUCGACCAGAAAGCAUUCUGCGAAGAUGAUGUCGAGCAUCUGGAGCUCUCUCUCAAGUACAUCUUGAACCGAGAAGCUGCUUGCUGGAACGCAUCUAGGGGCUGUGGCCUCAUCGCCCGUACUGCCAGCCUCUUGGACCACUAUAAGGAGUGUGAGUUCGGCAUCGUGGCUUGCUGCAUCUGCCACUCGUCGGUGCUGCGCAGGGACAUCUUGGAGCACUUCAAGAGUGGCUGCAGGAUUCACAAAGCUGCAUGUCUAUCUAUCAACAACCCUGCGGCACAAGAUCUCGGGGAUGUUAGCAGAACUUGUCUCGAGAUGAAGAAAGCCAUUGGGAACAUCUCUGAGGACCUUAUGUCACUGCAGACCAGCCUGAACCAGCGUUGUGAAGACGUCACAGAAGAAGGUGCGAGAUUCAUGUGCCAAUGGCAGUUACAAGCUUCUAGGCUUGCUGAGCAGUUCAGCGACUUCAGUGCCAUCUGCACCACUAAGUUCACCGAACAACUCAACGUUCUUCAGGCAGCAAUAAACGACUACAAAGAGAAUGUGAGCAAAGAGCUUUUUACACAAAGCAACAAGUUGGCUGUGGUUUCGGAUAUGGUGUGCAAGAGUUUGCCAAGCAAUUGUAGGGCUAAGACAGUCCACUGGUACAUUGAGCACUGGGCAGACCUGAAGAAGCAAGCACUUGAACAAGGGCUCGUUGCAUUGAAUGGCACCAAGAGGACCAUAUACGAUUACAGUGUCUCUCAAUAUGUCCAGCUUGAACGAGUGAACAGUGUGGUGCACUUCGGUUGCUUCAUGAUGAUACACCCCGGGGAACAUGACUUGGAGCUGCAGUGGCCCUUCCGUAAUGUGUACACAGUCGGCGUCAUUCACCCCAAAGAUGAAUCAGUUGCGAUUUCUUUCACAGUAAAUGCUGGUUGGUAUGACGAUCGGCCAUACUUUCAGCUGCCGAAUCAAGGAACAAAACAAGGCUUCGGAAGGCCAUGCCUGUCCACAGUAGAAGAGCUAGAAGGGAAGGGGUUUGUUCAAAACAAUGCACUCCAUGUUUUCUUGGAAAUUGAACCUUAGUUUCCUUCAUCAUCUUCAUGGAAACCAAUUUGAAAGUUGUGUAGCUUCCAAAAUAAUCUUUUUAACUUCUUGAGAACUCAGAACGGCGCUAAGACGGCAGUAUUUUCUUUGGCUGUAACGCUGUUCAGUUGUACAAUAAAAAUAGUCACCUUCUAAA